GGCCGGCCUCCCCUCCUCCCAGCUCCUCUCUGUCUCCCCCUCUCGGACAGCGUCCCCGUUCGGCCCGGCCCUCCCCGGCGCCUGUUUGUGAAUGAGAUGCUCAGUUUCUCAAUGGAGCCGCGGGGGGCUCGGGCGGACGCGGCGCAGGCCGCAGCGCUGGCCCUGAGCCGGGAGGGGGACGCCUUUUCCUCGCUCGCUCGCGCCCGCCCUCCCUCUCGCCGCCGCGGCUUUUGAGGAACUGGGCCGCGAGGCCGCCGCGCAGGUCGCAGGGCCCGCAUCCCGGAGGACGCCCGGGCUGGGCGGUCUCCAGGCGCCGGCGCUUUCUGGGCCAGCGAGCUUCGCACACGGUGGUGAAGACGCUCGGGAGGCCGGCGGCCCUCUGGAAAUUCACGCCAGGAGCCUUCGCUGGGGGGCUUUGACCAAAGUUGUCGGUUUCAUUAUUUCCUUUAAAAAAAAAAAAAAAAAACCAAAAAACCCGAGCUGCUGUUAGUUCCUCGCCUGCACUUUUUCCCUCCUCUGGAGAGGAGGGGUAGUGUGAGGAAAGGAGUGAAGAAAAUAAGAGGCAUUUCCUCCCGGGGGGAGCGACAGCCGAGCCUCCGCAGCCAGCAGGAGCGGCGUUGGCAGCCGCCGCGGGCGUCGGGCCGCCCCGGUCCCACCACCAUGCAUGAGCCGGCCGAGAGCUGCUGAGGCGCCGGGCCGCAGAAGCCGAGUUCGAGUGCAGCGGGCUCCGGCGCUCGCGGACCAGUCCUGUCCCCGCGGCGGCGGGAUGGAGCCGGCGACCGCGCCCCGGCCGGACAUGGCGCCGGAGCUGACCCCCGAGGAGGAGCAGGCUACUAAGCAGUUUCUUGAGGAGAUCAACAAGUGGACAGUUCAGUACAAUGUUUCUCCACUCUCUUGGAACGUGGCUGUCAAGUUCCUCAUGGCCAGAAAGUUUGAUGUGCUCCGUGCCAUAGAGCUGUUUCACUCCUACAGAGAAACAAGAAGAAAGGAAGGCAUCGUGAAGCUGAAACCUCACGAGGAACCUCUUCGUUCUGAGAUCCUCAGUGGGAAAUUCACCAUCUUGAAUGUUCGAGACCCAACUGGAGCCUCCAUUGCCCUUUUCACUGCCAGGUUACAUCAUCCUCACAAGUCCGUCCAACAUGUGGUACUUCAGGCCUUGUUUUAUUUGCUAGACAGAGCUGUGGACAGCUUUGAAACUCAAAGGAAUGGAUUGGUGUUUAUCUAUGACAUGUGUGGUUCUAAUUAUGCCAACUUCGAGCUAGAUCUUGGCAAGAAAGUCCUAAAUCUGCUGAAGGGAGCAUUUCCAGCUCGUUUGAAGAAGGUGCUGAUUGUAGGAGCACCCAUAUGGUUCCGAGUGCCCUAUUCUAUCAUCAGCCUGCUCUUGAAGGACAAAGUCCGGGAGAGGAUUCAGAUAUUAAAGACAUCUGAAGUUACCCAGCACCUGCCUAGGGAGUGCCUUCCAGAAAAUCUGGGUGGGUACGUCAAAAUUGACCUCGCCACUUGGAAUUUCCAGUUCCUGCCCCAAGUGAACGGCCACCCAGAUCCCUUCGAUGAGAUCAUCCUGUUUUCCCUACCUCCUGCCUUAGACUGGGACUCAGUACAUGUUCCAGGUCCCCAUGCCAUGACCAUCCAAGAGUUGGUAGACUAUGUUAAUACCAGGCAAAAGCGGGGCAUAUAUGAGGAGUAUGAAGACAUCCGCCGUGAGAACCCUGUUGGCACUUUCCACUGUUCCAUGUCUCCAGGAAACCUAGAGAAGAACCGCUAUGGAGAUGUCCCCUGCCUGGACCAAACGCGAGUGAAGCUGACAAAGCGCAGUGGCCACACUCAGACAGAUUACAUCAAUGCCAGUUUCAUGGAUGGCUACAAGCAGAAGAAUGCUUAUAUUGGUACACAAGGCCCUUUGGAGAAUACCUAUCGUGACUUCUGGCUCAUGGUUUGGGAGCAAAAAGUUUUGGUGAUUGUAAUGACUACCCGCUUUGAGGAAGGCGGCAGGAGAAAAUGUGGCCAGUAUUGGCCUUUAGAGAAAGACUCUCGGAUCCGAUUUGGCUUCCUCACGGUGACUAAUCUAGGAGUGGAGAACAUGAACCAUUAUAAGAAAACGACUCUAGAAAUUCACAACACAGAGGAGCGGCAGAAACGCCAGGUGACCCACUUCCAGUUCCUGAGCUGGCCGGAUUAUGGUGUCCCUUCCUCCGCAGCUUCUCUCAUUGACUUUCUGAGAGUGGUCAGAAGGCAGCAGAGCCUGGCUGUCGGCAGCCUGGGGGCACGGUCCAAAGGGCCGUGCCCUGAGCCACCCAUCGUGGUACACUGCAGUGCGGGCAUCGGCAGGACAGGUACCUUCUGCUCACUGGACAUCUGCCUGGCACAGCUGGAGGAGCUGGGCACCCUUAAUGUGUUCCAGACAGUGUCCCGCAUGAGGACACAGAGGGCCUUCAGUAUCCAGACCCCUGAGCAGUACUACUUUUGCUACAAGGCCAUUCUGGAGUUUGCAGAGAAGGAAGGCAUGGUUCCCUCGGGUCACAGCCUGUUGGCCAUGGAGGGUCAAUAACUGUUCCACGAGUUUCCACCUGCUGGCCAGCCUUCCUUAAACUACCCUGGACACCGCUGAGCCUCUAGGUUGCCAUCAGUUACGCUGAAGCCAUGGAUCAACCUCUUUCUUGUGUCUCCCAGCGCACAUGUGCACGCAAGGCAGCCUUUCCCUUUGGCUAGAUCAUGUGGUGCAGUUGCCACUAGAAAGGGCCAGCAGCAAUGUGUUCUUAAUUCCUAGCACCUGCUAUUGAACUGUGCCUUAUUAAAACCAAAUUGUGGCUGUUGAUUUUUGCCAGGGUCCCUGAGGUAAGUGGGGAAGGAACCCCUAUCUCCCAAUGCCAUUCUUCUUCUAGAAGUCUCUUCCUUCCCUCUGCUAGGAUUUGACAGGGAGGUUUGGUGAGCAUUCACCUUCCUGCCCAGAGAGCUUGACCAAGUUACAUAUUCUAGAGAAUGUCCCGAGUGCCAAGCACGUUUAUACAUAGGGCGUGUAUUCCAGUCUUUUCUGUCAUUCUGUGUGUGUGCGCGUGUACUUACGUGUAUGGAUCCAUAUGUAUGUGUGUAUAUAAUAUAUACUGUAUGUGAUAAUAUGGUCAUAUUCUAUAAAUACAUAUACACACAGAUACUCUUUGUAGAAGUUCCUGGGGCUUCAUGUUGCAGUUGAGCAUUCCUUGCUUCUUGGACCCUGCUGACCAGUCUGGACUAGCUGGGGUUGGGGAUCAUGCUCAUGUCGUCAGACAGUGAGAGAAGACAACACAUACUUUUCCGAGGCCACAGGCCCACUCCCUUACUGGUACCUUUCCCUCUGGACUCUAUGCUUGUGGGAGUCAAAAAUACUGACUUAUGGUAACACUGGUUCAGUUUCGCAUGGGUUGUCCUUCAUCUAACAAAUUCUGUUUACUUUGUUGAUUUGGGGAACAGACCUCCACUGUGAUUCCAGACUCUGUCUUAUUACCCCAGCAUUGGGGGGUCCAAGGCUAGAGAUGAAUUUACAGAGCUGCCAGAGCCAAAACUAAUCGGUACGAAGUCUUAAAAGAAAGAAGGAGAAUCCUGGAGUGAAUGAGAGGAACCUACUAUGAAAUUCCCUUCCUGGGAAGACAAACUGGGGCCCUUUUUCUUUUGUUGGAGACCCCUUCCUUUAUGCAACUCUUCCUUGUCUACUGAGAUGCCCAGCUCUCCCUGCCUGCUAGCCUGCCAGAUCCUAGACCUCAAACUGGAUGGGUUCUUUGUCUUUAUAAAGCAUACUCCCCUUGGCUGGAUGAGGUAGUUCCUGUAAUCACUGGUUCCCUGCCCAUCCAACUUGUUCCUGUCUUUUCCCAGUCUGAUUCACCAGGAAUGGAAUCAAGAGUUCUCAACACUCAGUGUUCCUACAAAACCCCACUGAACCCCUAAACCUUUCCCUACUCCAGAUGAUGAGGUUGGCAGCUGGUCAGACCCAAUAAUUUUAUACUGUAAUAAGAUCUUUGAAUGUGUAUAUUCUUAUUUUUUACAAUCAUUUCAUUUUGUAUUUAACAUCAAUGGACUGAAUCAGAUUCAGUAAAUAAUUGUAAUGUUCAUAUUCAAUAUCUUAUAGUGGUACAGUUUUGUAUUUACAUAUAAAUAUACCAACAUGAUUAAACCCUUUUAGCUUCA